AUGACUGCCAAUGCUGAUUACUACCCUACUGCGAAGCUCCGUAUUGCCUACGUAACUAGCCGUUGCAAAGGUGACGCUCAUCGACAUAUAUCUCCUCGUCUCGAAACCCAGGACUAUCGGGACUUCGGUGAGAUCCUGAACCACCUGAAAGGCGUGUUCGUGGAUCCGAAUAAGGCCCGCAACGCCCGUCGAACGUUCAAUACUAUCAAGAUGGCCAACUUCAAGGACUACCAUACUUUCGCGUCUGAAUUUCAAUACCUUGCAGUGGAAGGCCAGAUUGACCGAGAAACCUGGAAGGAAAGCUUCUUCCACGCUUUGCCGGACGAGGUACAGCGUAUGGUCGCAUACGCCUUUAAUGAUGACAACCGAACCCUUGGGAACCUCACCCACGAAUGCGCCAAGGUGGCUGACCUCUGGGCUGACAUAAAUAAGCGCCGAAGCAACCGCAAUGCAGCUAGAGGAGGUUCUAAGCCAUCAACCCCGAAUAAAAGUUCCAGUUUACGCGCUGGCACUCCUAUCAAAUCUGAAGAAAGACCAGUUAAGAAAGGAGGGCAAGUGCCGUAUCUUUCCCAUUCAAUUCAAUUAGCUACCAAUGGAUAUUCAGUUUCUACACACGCAUUGAUCGAUACCGAAGCCAACGGACUCAGUUUUCUAAAUCAUGAUCUCGCUAUUCUACUCGCUAAACGAUUCAACCUACACACGAUCCCCCUGCCCAACAGCGUGCCGAUUAAGGGCUACAAUGGCAGCAAAGGCGGUGAUAUCACCCAUGCAAUUAUACUGACCCUGAUCAUCGAUCAACGAACGCAGAAGUUACCUUUCUUGAUAGUGGAUCUCGGCCAGAACGACGUGAUCCUCGGCAGGAAGUGGCUGCAGGAGAACACUGAACGAGCUCUGUGCCGCAUAGAGCGGGCACUAAAGGAAGCUCAGGGUGAUCCCGAACCGGCCCUGGAGCGACCCCCUAAGGCUGCCAAGAAGGAUCUGCCAGAGGUCGAUAUCUUCGCGAUCAGCGGCUCUGCCUAUCAGCUCCCUCUCGGUAGAUCGGACUGCUUCAUUACCUCGCUGGCGCAGAUUGACAAGAUCAUCGAUGAGAAGACCUACCCUAAACGCCAACUGGAGGUCGAGAAACUGAAAGAGCAGAUCCCCGAGGCCUACCAUAGCUUUGUGGACGUGUUCUUGAAGUCAGCGUUGGAUGCGCUGCCCCCGAGGAGGGAAAACGACCACCAAAUUGAGCUCACUGAUAAGAAUACGCUAGGAUAUAGCCCCCUAUAUCGGUACUCUACAAAGGAGCUAGAAGCGAUCAAGGCCUAUAUGGUAGAGAACCUGCAGAAAGGCUUUAUCGUUCCCAGUGCUGCCCCGUUCGGCUCCCCCGUGUUGAUGGCUGCGAAGCCAGGAGGAGGCCUGCGGUUCUGCAUGGACUACCGGAAGUUGGACUCGAUCACGAAGAAGAAUCGCUAUCCCCUGCCCCUGAUGGACGAGUUGCUGGACCGGCUAGGCCGCGCGAAGAUCUUUACCUACCAAGCUCGACAUCAGGCAGGGCUUCUACCGCAUACGAAUGCACCCCGAUUCAGUGGAUCUCACCACGUUUCGCACCAACUGAUGAAUGACAUCUUUAUUGAUCUGAUCGACAAGUACGUGGCUGUUUAUGUAGACGAUAUCCUGAUCUUCAGUGAGGACGAGCUCGAACAAGAGGCCCACGUUCAGGAGGUACUGAAGCGGCACCGCGCUGCAGGCCUCCAGGCCGCUAUUCACAAGUGCGAAUUCAAUGUAAAAAGAACUAAGUUCUUAGGCUUCAUCCCGACCAUGGAUGGCAUUGAGGUUGACCCUGAGAAGAUCGCAGUGAUCACUAACUGGCAGGUUCCGACUACAGUUAGAGGAGUCCAGUCGUUUCUCGGGUUCUGCAACUUCUAUCGACGCUUUAUAGAGGCCUACAGUAGGAUCGCCAGGCUACUGUAUGCCUUAACGAAGAAGCUGUCAUCCUUUGAGUGGACUUCCAGCUACCAGGAAGCCUUUGAGCAGCUGAAGAAAUACCUGACCUCGGCGCCUCUCCUACGUCACCACGACCCCACCCUCCCGUCCGGGAUUGAAACGGAAGCCUCUAACUGCGUGAUUGCCGGCAUAUUCUCCCAGUUAUUCGAGGGUAGGUGGCACCCUAUUGCCUACUUCUCUAGGGAUAUGCUCGGUGCUGAGCGUAACUACGAUAUUCAUGAUAAGGAGCUCUGGAGAACGGAGCUUGAAGGGCUUCAGAUCACUGAACGAAUAGAGAUCUGGACUGAUUAUAGGGCCCUUGAAUACUUCAUGACUACGAAGAAGCUGAACGGGCGCCAGGCCCGGUGGUCAGAGUUCCUUUCAAGGUUCCACUUCCUGAUCAAGUUCAGGCUCGGGCUGAAAAACACGGCUGCUGACGCCCUAUCGAGACCUGAAGAGAGUCCUCUGGACCUAGAUGCAAAAAACCAGGCUCUAUUGAGGCCAGAGUGA